CUGGCUGCAGGGGGAGCAGCCCUGAAGGAAGGAUGGGAAAGAUGCUGCGAGCAGCCGUGCUCCUGAGCUCCCUCCUCCACUGCAGCGCUUUUCUGGAGCUGAAUGGCCCCAGUGAGAUCAAAGGGGUCUGGAAGGACUCUGUCACUCUGCCUUGUGCCUAUGUGCCUGUGGAGGACCUCGUGCAGCAAACCCUCACCUGGACUGUGGCACAUGACAAGGGUUCAGGUGCCAUCAUUCGGAGGGAUGACUCCGGGGACCAGGUUCUCCUGUCUGAGUACAGGGACAGAGUCAGCAUCCCAAAGGAUGCCCCAGGAAAUGUGUCUCUCCUCAUCCUGAGCCUGGAGAUCUCUGACAAAGGAACCUACACUUGCCAGGUCACCUGGAGAGACGGCAACAACAGCCUGAUAGCAAAGGAGAUCACCACCAGUUUGGAGGUUGUUAAAGUGGCAGCCACCAAGCCCAUCAUCAGAGCAGCGGAGCCGGGGCUGACGCUGCCGGCCGGAGCCAGCACCAGCCUGAGCUGCGAGGCCGGCGGCUCCCCUCCCAUCAGCUACCGCUGGUUCCGCCGCGGCCCGGCGGGCACGGCCGAGCUCCUGAGCAGCGGGGCCGAGCUGGCCUGGCCCAGCCUGCGGCCCUCGGACAGCGGCACGUACUUCUGCGAGGCGCACAACAGGGCUGGCGCCGGCGCCGUGCAGCGCAGCGAUGCCGUGCGCCUCACGGUCACAGCUGUGCCCACAACAGCAGCAGCCUUGCAGAGCAAUGUGGGAACCACGGGGGGACACCACUUAACCACGGAAAAACCACAAACAGAACUGGUGUCUGCGGGUACCUCAGCAAUCUCCUGGACUCCAUGGGGCCCUACCACUACUGCAGAUCUGCCCAUAACAGCAACAACUUCUGAGAGUGGUGUGGGAUAUCCAGGGAAGAAUGAAACAAUUCAUGAGUUCCAGAGGACUGGCCUGUCCCUGUACCUGGUCAUCCUGAUUGCUGUGGUGUGUGGUGCUGUGGUUUUCCUUGUCAUGUCUCUUAUCACUUGCAUUAGAAAGCCCAAAGAUGCUCAAGUCUAUGAUGUAAAAUUCCACAACUCGAGAGCAGCAGCUUCUUCCAGCACAGGUUACUAUGAGGAACCCAUCUCUGCCACUGAAAACCACUAUGUGAUGGAGCUUGGGGAAAACAAAGUCUCUGAAGAAGUAAAUAAGGAUGUGUCUGGCUGUGUUGCCAGCCCCCAGGAAUCUGAGUAUGAAGUAGGGGACACUUCCUGA